AUGAAAUUGAAAACAGAAAACAACUCUUUGGAUGAUGAGGACGAUGAAUAUGAGCAAGAAUAUGAUUAUGACGAGAACGGAGAAUAUAACACUGAAGCAGAUGAAUAUCAUUCCGAUCAUGAUGAGCAAAAUUAUGAAAAUACGAAUAAUUAUGGCAAAACCAGCAAAUAUAAAUAUCCUCAAUAUGAAGAAUACGAAUUGGAUGAAGAGGAUGAAAAGUUGUUAAGAGAAGAGAUGCUAGGCUUCUCGGAGCAAAACGGAUAUAGAAACGAGCAUGCCGAAACGGAGAACAAUGCUCUCUCGGAACAAGAACCAAGGUUUUCAGAAGAGGAGCUCAUUUCAAAAGUUUCUGAAAUUAAUAAGCUAGCUUUAAGGAUAGAUAUUAUCAAACGAUCAUUGGACGAAUCGGAUGAGUCGAGAGAACAAGUAGAAAUACUGAAAUCAGAAAUGGAGAGUAUUGUUGACCUGGUGUGUCAAGUUGUACAAGUAGAGAGAAAAAUUGAACAAUAUGUCAAUAACGAAAACACGUGCUCCUCAUCCAUAAUACCCUUAGUGAGAUUGUUGAAGGAUGAUAUUCGCAAAUAUUUCCAAUCACAACAGAGAAACUACUCCAAACCAUUUGUGCAGCUUGAAACCUCAAAUACACAUCUGGAAGAGAAUUCAGAGCAUGGUGAACAAGAAUUACUACAAGAGGAAGACCGCAGUUUCAGCUCAGAUGAAAAUGAACAGCCCAUUAGCGACGAAGGAAGCGAAGGAAGUGAAGAAGAAGAGUAUCAUCCAAGUGUUGAUCCUGAGGCAGAUGUGGAUGGAAGUGAUGAGUAUUCAAGCAUACUCGACCUAAAUCUACCAGAAAUAAGCUAUCUGGAAAAUUUACAAGAAUUGUGUAUCAAAAAAAGCUUCAAUCUUAUUGAGGAGAGAGGGAGGCGAGAAAAAGCUCUGCUAAACUACCAUUUAUGUGAACUCUCAUACAAAGAAAAUUUUAAGCACGAAGCUUUGACACUUGUACAGCAGCUGAUUAGAAAUUACGAGAAUGAGCUUGACCAACUUAACAAGAACUGCGAACGGCUAAUAACUGAAGCAAAAGAAAUCGCUCGAAACACGAAAAGACCAUUCAGAAAACACAAAAUUUCCACCCCUGAAAAGCUAAAGAUUGAGAAAAUUGAGCCUCUAGAUACGUCAUCAAUUAUUACCCCUAGAUCGACCAAAGAGCCAAGGGUUCUGACUCCUUCCCAAAUUAAGGAAAUUCAAGAAAAUAAGGCAUUGCAAAAUAUGUACAAUAGAUUAGAAGCAAGUUUGUCACGUACUCCCAAAGUAGAGAAAGAGGCUGCAAAACCACCUAUUGAAACGAAACGUGUCAACGUUACAUCUGGUCAUGACACACUCGAUUCCAUCGAUUCAAAAUCUCAAAAUGAAAAGAAAGUGCGAGCAGUAUCUCCAGAAACUGCAAGAAAAUUAGCAGCAGAGAGAUUAAAAGAGAAGAAGCAACGAGAGAAAGAGCAAAAAGAAAAGGAACAACAAGAAAGAGCGGAGAAAAUCAAAAAGCUUGAGGAAAUUUGCCAAAAACAGCAAGCUUUAAUUCUGAGAGAACAAAAGUCGGCAAACACGAAAAAGUAUCUUGAAGAAAUACUCUCCUUCGAUUCAGACGAAGAAGAACAAAUGAAACAAAUUGAGGAAAUUGAAAAGAGGAAAAUGGAAGAAGAGAAAAUCAGUGAGGCACGAAAAAAAGCAAUUCUUCGAGCCAAAGAAAAAAAGAAGAAAGAGUUAGAAAGAGAGAAGGAAUUGGAAGAAGAACGGAAACGAAAGGAGGCUGAAAAGUGGAGGAAACGAGAUGAAGCACUCGCAGCCUUUAAGCUUAAACAAGAAAUUGAAAAGGAAAAGGGAAUUCACAAGGAAGCUGAUUUGAUCAACCAUCAACAAGCUCCGCCACCACCAGCACAAUCUACAGAUCGAUCGAAAUCAAAAUCGAACGUACCAACUCCGUCCACAUCCUCCUCAAAUACUCAAAUGAAAAAACCAACAUCCGUGACAAGUACAACCACGAAAGAGGAAACAAAAAAGAAAUCCUCAACAACCACUACUAACUCACACAACAAAGCCAAACGAAAAACAACUGCACUCGUUCCAACAAGCCCCUUACUUGAAGGACUGGACCACGACGAAGGAGAGGUGGACUUUCUUCAAUUCUCUCCACCACCUCCCAUGUUUUCGAGUUCCAAGCCACCAUCGAACAAUAAAAAGUGA